GCCACCAUCGAAUUGGGCCAAAAUGGAUUUGCCACUGCUGCUGCUGCUGCAGCUGGCCCUCGUGCUCUUAGCCAUAUUUGCACCUGUGCGCUGUCAAGUGGCCUGCAAUGCGCCGAGUGGGGCUGUCCGCCAGAAACGCCUGGUGGUUCGCAGUCCGGCAGCCGGUGAGCUGGCCAAGUUGGACACUUGCCAGAUCCGGGUGGCGCCGUGGAGCGCCCAGGUGUGCCAGGUGCGAGUCGAUUUCGAGCGAUUGGAGCUGCCGCAGCCACAGCUGAAUGCCAAUUCCGGACUGCUGGAGUGCGUCGACUAUCUGCAGAUUCAGCAUUUCCGGCUGUGCGGUCGCAACAGUGGUCAGCACUUGUACUUACCCAUUAGUCGGGGUCAAGAGCUGCAGCUUCUGUUCCGACUGGCCACAUCGCUGGGCCGGCAGUCCACCUGGCAGAUGACCCUCACCCAGCUGGAGUGCCCCAGGGAUUCGGCUUCUUUGAGCGUAAGCCAGCCCGAGUUGCCGCCACAAUCACCACCCACUGUGCGACCUAUCCUGCCCUUUUUCGGCAAUCUCCUGCCACGCACCAUUUUCGGCGGACAAUCUGGUAUCGGUUCGGGCUCUGGACCUGCCGCCCAGCUCAUCCAAUCCCUCACCUCGCCAUCGUUGGCCGAUCUGGAGCUGCUGGCUCCUCUGGGCUGUGAUCAGUACUACAGGACCACGACCGGCGGCAUCGUGAGCUUCAACUUCGCCGGUGGCAUCUACAUGCCGAACAUGAAGUACUCGAUCUGUGUCAAGGGAGCGGCAGACAGCGAGAUAAGCUACAAAAUUGAUCACUUUGAGCUCUCGACGGCGAAUUCAGAGCAGCCAGGACCUGCCUACGACACCGAGUGCCGCAGUACUGUGUUGACCCCGUUGCGCGUAUCCGACUACCUGGUGAUUCCCGACGCUCGCAUGGUCGGCCGGCCGGAGCUUCAGGCCACUUACUACUGUGGCAAUGGACUGACUGGUCAGGAACUGGUGGCCCGUCCACCGUUUGUGCUGCGAUUCGCCAGUGAUUCGCAGUCGAGUGACUCCGAAACGGGUUUCCAGCUGACAUACACGGUCCGUCGGGCACAGGAUGCCCAAGUGACCGCAGCACUGUAAAUUAGUAAAUUGGCAUAAAUAAAGCCACUGUCUUAACUAAAUCAACGCACACAAGUCAACUGGAAUUGACAUUAUUAAAUGCAGCAGUGAUACUCGCACUGUGAACCAGGACAUUCCAUGGUCACGGAUUUGACAUAAUUAAAUGCCCGGCUCCGGCAUUAAGUCACAUGUAUCUAUACGUAAAUAAAUUAUGGAAGGCCCAGUGGCAUAACUGGCAUGUGGUUGACAA